GAAGUUCUGAAAAUUUUUGGCGGGUCGGCGACACGCUUGCCAUUGGAUGCAUCUUGAUUAAAGGCUCAGAGCGGAGGCAGCGUGCUUGGGGAGUGCGAGAGGGUGAAACACUGCCCGCAACUCCGCUGAGCUGAUCUUUUUGGAAGUUUCAUUAUUAGGAGACAGGGUCGGAAGAUGACCAUGGCCCUGGGAAUCGGAAAGUCUGUCGUGGACCGUAAAGACAGUCUAGAUGGUGCUAGCAUUGCGAGUUUCUAUGCUUCACUAGUGGGACUCAGCAACCGUGCAGGUGACGCAGAAGCAGGGAAUGGGGGCAUCCGUGAUGCACCAGGGCACUCUGAGGCCGGGCCAGGUGUUGGGAACACCAGCCGAGAGAUUCCAGUGGAGAGGCUACUGAACAGAGGGAGGCACGAUGAAACCGAAAAGCGAGAGAAGUAUACUGAAGUGGAAGAGAUCCUCUCAAACAGGAUAGAUUCACACAGGGAAGCAGGCAGUAGUCUCAGGGAUGACUGUACAGACAUACAACAAGAUUGGCGCAGUCCGAGUCAGUCAGUAGAUGGUGCUGGGCCAAGACCAGGGGUGAAUAAGGGCUUUCAAACAAAGACUUUUGAUCACUCGGACUUUAGUAAAGAGCAACGAAAUUUCGAGCCAGGAUCUUUUGGCGGUGGUUCUAGCGGGCGGAACCUAGACGGAGGGGGGCAAGGAGUCAGGUCACUUGGCGCCCAAGACAAAAGAGCCCCUGCGUACCGGAUGAAGAUCCCGGAAGAAAACAUAGGCUAUAAGAUGUUGAAGAAAGCUGGCUGGAAUGAGAAGACAGGUUUAGGGGCAUCAGGGCAGGGACCCCUGGAACCAUUGAAUGCGCAUAUGAAGGGGGAUAAGCGAGGCAUCGGCGCUGACAAGCAGGCCAAGCAAGUGCCAGGAGUCAGUUCCACCAAGAAGCGAAAGGAUGUGCCAGAAUCUGGGACUAGCGCUGAUCGAGGCAAGCGACAACUAACCCGGGCAGAAUUGAAGCAGAAGAAGGAAAGGGAGAAGGAAAAGGAAGAGGCCAUUGCUAAGUACAUAUACCGAGCCUUUGCCCCGGACAAUGUCUGAGACUGCUUCAGCACAGCGGUGCGUGGCAUGUUCGAAGCUGACGUGGCUAGGACUAAGGAUUUCGGGAGAUCAAUCUUAUACCAAUUGGCUCGCAUCCCUCACUUCGUUCAGUCCUUGCUUUCGUUUUCACAAGAUCCUUCAGUAAGUACUAGCUAAGGAGCGGGUAUGUUGGAGAACGAAGCGAGUCUAUGAUUGACAGGUUGCACA